AUAUAUCAAAACGCCAUGUACUGUUAAAACCAUUUAAAUAAUUUCUUCUUUCUUUAUGCAUUUUGUUUUGUGGAUUUCUGUAAAGAUGUCAGAGACAAAAGCAGCGACAAAGUAAGGCAGAAGCGGCAGCAGAUCAUAAUAAGAAGAAAAAGGCAACAAAGUUGAAGUGAUAAUAAGAGCAGAGCAGACUCACCGAGUAGGAGAAGAGAGAAAGGAGGUAGCGGCAGUUUCAUCAGAAGUAGAACACCCUUCAAAACUUUCGGCUGAAACAGCACUAUACCCUUGAUUCUUUUCAAGUUCAUUCGAGGAAGAUGAUGAGUACAAGAAACAGGUCACCUUUUACACCAGCUCAGUGGCAAGAGCUUCAACACCAAGCUCUGGUGUACAAGUUCAUCGUCUGUGGAGUUCCUAUCCCUCCUGAACUCAUCUAUUCUGUCAAAAGAAGUUUGGACUCUUCUCUGGUUUCAAGGGUUUUCCCUAACCAACAUAUUGGGUGGGGCUGUUUUCAGGUUGGUUUUGACAGAAAGGUUGACCCAGAGCCAGGGAGGUGCAGAAGAACAGACGGAAAGAAAUGGCGGUGUUCAAAAGAAGCAUAUCCAGACUCCAAGUACUGCGAGAGGCACAUGCACAGAGGCAGAAAUCGUUCAAGAAAGCCAGUGGAAAUUACCUCAUCAACAAUUUCAAGUACAAAAACAACACCAACUCAACCCAUCCUUUCACCAUCUAUCUCAUCAAUCAAUAGAAACCCCUCCAUUUCCACUAAUAGCACCAUACCCUCCAUUUCUCCUUUCACUCUUUCUCCACUUCCUUCCUCAUCUCUAGUUUCUGAAAUUUACAACCCUCACAAUGCUAUCCAAGAAACCCAUUUUAACUCCUCCUUUCAAAAUUCCCAUUCUCCCUCUUCUUCUAGACCCCCUGGUUCUGGUUUAACAUUUCAAAAUCAAUCUUCACUCCAUUUCUUGGACUCUGGAACUGGGAUAUCUUACCCUCAGGCUGAUAUGGAUUACAGGUGUUUUCCUGGGACAAGGGAGGGUGUCGAUGAGAGAGUUUUCUUCCCUGAAGCUUCUGAGAGUUCUUGCAGAAGCUUCUCUCAAUCACACUAUCAAAGCUCUAUAGACAGCUCAAAGCAACAGCAGCAUUGCUUCGUCCUGGGCACAGACAUCAGGUCAACAGCAACAAUCAAACUAGAGAAGGAAGAUGAAAAUCAAAAGCCAGUGCACCAAUUCUUCGGAGACUGGCCACCCAACAACGCUGACCCCUGGCUUGAUCUUGCAUCCAAUUCUCGGGUCCAUACAGACAGCUGAAGUGAAAGAUGAGAACUUUAUAAAAUUUGGCCAAAAGAGUACUUCGUGUGGGUCAAUAACUCAAUAUGCCUUUGCUCUGAAGUCUACAAGUUGUGGCUGGAAGUAUCUACUCCUUGCUUUCCUGGUGCCUUUUCUUCCCCUGCAGGAAACGUGUGUGGUUCUUGAUGGGCUUUAAAGUCUCCAUUUUGUAGAAAUUCAAGACAGAGGAGGCUAAAGACAUAAUUUGCCAUUUAGUUCUUUGUUUCCUUAGUGCCUUUGCAUGAUUAUGUUAUGAUUAUAAUGGACAAAACAGUUAUUUAGAGUGACUUUUGAUGCUAUGUUUAGCUGACUUCAACAAGUUCCCAAGUACCCAAUAAUAAAUACCAAGAAGGUAC